UACGUGUCUGAGAGGGAGGCGGCGGUGGCGGCGGGGCCGGUGCGGAGCAGCCGCGGGGAGCGGGAUCGCCUCCAGCACCAGCGCCGGGGCGAUUUUAGUUAGACUUCGGUCGGCCCGGGUUUUAUCGGGAGCGGAUUUUAAAAGCCUCUGUCGUCCCUCUCCCUCUGCGGACGGGGCACCAUGUCGGAAGCGGAGCAGCAGCUGGCGGCCGGCGCUACCCAGAACGGGCACGAAGCGGCCGAGAGCGCCGGGGAGCAGCAGGCCGAGACCGGUGGGGCUCCGGCGGCGGCGGCGGCGGGGGGAGCGGCAGGAGCAGCGGGAGCGGCUGCGGCGGCGGGGGCCGGCUCCGCGGCGGGAACAGCGGGCACGGCCGCCAGCCAGAAUGGGGCCGAGGGCGACCAAAUCAACGCCAGCAAGAACGAGGAGGAUGCGGGGAAGAUGUUUGUUGGUGGCCUCAGUUGGGAUACAAGCAAAAAAGACUUGAAAGAUUACUUCACCAAAUUUGGUGAGGUAACCGACUGUACGAUAAAGAUGGACCCUAACACAGGAAGAUCCAGAGGUUUUGGAUUUAUUCUCUUCAAAGAACCAGGGAGUGUUGAAAAGGUUCUGGAACAGAAAGAACACAGACUAGACGGACGACUAAUUGAUCCCAAGAAGGCCAUGGCAAUGAAAAAGGAUCCAGUGAAGAAAAUAUUUGUUGGUGGACUAAACCCAGAAGCCACAGAAGAGAAAAUCAGGGAAUACUUUGGAGAGUUUGGAGAGAUUGAAGCAAUUGAACUGCCAAUGGAUCCAAAGACCAACAAAAGGAGGGGGUUUGUGUUCAUCACUUUCAAGGAAGAGGAUCCAGUGAAGAAAGUUUUGGAGAAGAAAUUCCAUAAUGUCAGUGGAAGCAAGUGUGAGAUUAAAGUAGCACAGCCAAAAGAAGUGUACCAGCAGCAACAGUUCAGUAGUGGUGGAGGAAGAGGUAGCUAUGGAGGAAGAGGCAGAGGUGGAAGAGGCGGUGCUCAAAGUCAAAAUUGGAAUCAAGGUUAUGGCAAUUACUGGAACCAGGGUUAUGGGAAUCAAGGAUACGGCUAUCAGCAAGGUUAUGGUGGCUAUGGAGGCUAUGAUUAUUCAGGAUAUGGGUAUUAUGGAUAUGGACCAGGCUAUGAUUACAGUCAAGGCAGUGCAAAUUAUGGGAAGACACCAAGACGUGGUGGUCAUCAGAAUAACUACAAGCCAUAUUGAUCAAACUUAUUCAGGCCUGGCAGUGGUCACAGUUGAUGCCUACAAGCACUGGAUAUUCCACAAGUUGAAGACGGAAUACUGACUUGUUUACCUGAAGAUAAUAGGACUUCGGGGUAUUUCCUCAGAGAAAAUAUAAAUUUUAAUAUAAUUUCAUAAGCUUUGGAGGUUAGCUUGUCUUGUAGCUUCAGUGAUAUCAAACUUCUUUAAGUAGGAGCUAGAUAGAAAGCUGUUUAGUUUUUGCCAGCGUAUGUAAAACAAGACUUUUCUAUCUGCAUUGUAGAUUGUUUGUGGACACUUCCAGAUUCUUGUGCUUUCUGCAGUCAUUCUGGGACUGAACUCUCAUUGAUAUUGAAAGAAGUUCCAUGAACACAACAUGUGCAGGAGUUUGAGUGUAGAAGCCCACAGCAUGGUUUGGAAUAGCGAACUGCGUUUAGUUUGGAGAUGGGUGGGGGAGAUGGGAAGAGCAACUGUACAUUACGGGAACAAUUACAGAUCUUCCUGGUGACAUCAAUGAGAGAUUUUCCUUCAACCUUUCACAGAAGAUUUUUUAGCUUUAAUUUGGGAUAUUAGAGGGGUUUUUCAAAAGCACUAAAGGCCAGUGGAAGCUUGUUAGCUGCUCCUUAUGCCUUUAAAAACCCCUACACCAAAAGUGACAGCUGAGAACAUGAAAUGGAAGUAAAUAAAAUGCAUUUUCAUUGCU